CGGAUUGCAGCCUCACACCUACACAGCGCCGCGCGCACAAAAUGGAGGAUUCACCUGUGUGAGGGGAAAUAAGUGCAGUCAAGAAUUCGGAUUUACGAGUUUACAAGUUUUUUGGACGAGUUUUUUUUAAAGAAGUAUUUUCAAGUCAGUUUUAAGUCUUUUCCCCCAUUAGCCUGCUUUAGAAGAGCGUAUUCCAAAAAUGCGCCUGUUAUUUGUGAUCCUUAUCAUCUUCACGGUAACAGGCUUCACCACGGGGGUCAAUGUCGUCUGCCCAGUGAAACGCUAUGUGGUCAUCCUCUUCCAGCCGGUCACCCUCAGGUGUGAUUUCACUACUACAUCCACAGUACCCCCCCUUAUCACCUGGAAGUACAAGUCCUUCUGCAGAGAUCCGAUCCAAGCUGCCCUGAACCCAAGCAGUGCGGAUAACACGUUGGCCCAGUCCAACCCCAACUACAACCCAAACAUCGAAUGCUCAGACAGUUCAAGGACUGUGCGUAUUGUGGCUUCUAAACAGACUGCAGUCACGCUGGGAAACCAAUACCAGGGCCGCAAGAUCAGCAUCAUUAACAAUGCCGACCUCAACAUUGAUCAGACUGCAUGGGGUGAUAGUGGUGUGUAUGUGUGCAGUGUUGCUUCAUCCCAGGACCUCUCAGGAAAUGGGGAGGACUAUACUGAACUCAUAGUUUUGGAGAGAAAGUCAAAUACUACAGACCUGCUGCCUGGCAUUGACUUACUGAUCAUGGAAGAUUGGUUGUUGGUAGUGUUGGUGGUGCUUGGCUUCUUCUUGCUGCUGAUCUUCUUUGGGAUCUGUUGGUGUCAGUGUUGCCCUCACACAUGUUGCUGUUAUGUGAGCUGCCCAUGUUGCCCAGAACGCUGCUGCUGCCCAAGGGCAUUGUAUGAAGCAGGUAAAGCCGUUAAGGCAGGUGCUUCUAGCCAGUAUGCAGCCAGUAUGUUCGCUCCUAGUAUGUAUGGACAACCUGUGUAUGUGGGAGGGCCAUCACCACCCAUCCCAAUGCUGCCCAUGCCUCAGGGUGUCAACGCCCCUCCCUCUAAUGGCUAUGGAAGGGACUUUGACACAGCCAGCUCAGUUGGUCAGGGAUCUCAGGUACCGUUGCUGCAUGACCAUGAUGGCGGAGCGGGCCAGACCCGUAGUGGAUACCGUAUCCAGGCUAAUCAGGAUGGGAAUCCUACACGUUUGCUGUACUAUAUGGAGCGAGAGCUGGCCAAUCUGGACCCCAGUCAGCCUGCAGGUGCCGCAGGCACAUAUAGUCGACUUGAUGGUAUGAGUGAGAUCAGUUCUCUGCAUGAUGGUGGAGACCCUCGUAAUCGUGGUCGCUCCAGGCCUCCCCAGCUGAACACAGUGUAUGAUGAUGAGAACAUGAGCACUAUCAGCAGCGUAUCUCAGAAUAUGCGGAGAGAUGAGCCCAGGAGAGGGGUUGGAGGUGGUCCUAACCAUGGGCGUGCACGCUCCAUGGACAACCUUGAUGAUAUCGGCCGACAUUACAGAGACCGUGAUUAUCCCCCUAGGGAAGGCAGAAGAGGUUCUGAUGAUGAAUGGAGCAGAAGUGGUCGUGGAUAUGACCGUGUCCCAGAUGACAGACAUCGUGACUAUUCUCCUGUCGAUCGCUUCCGUGAUGAUCCUCGGGGAGUUGGCCUCCAGGGCCGCCGCAGUCGUAGCCGUGAUGACUUGAUGGAUCUGGAACGUAGGCGGGGAGGUGGAGGCCGGGAUGCAUAUGAUGACAGCUUCCUGCGGGAGGCAAUGGAGAAGAAGAAGAUGGGUGAGCAGCAGCGGGCACGGAGCCGCGAGCAUCUUGACAGUGACAGUGAGCGCUCAGACCGCUAUAGGGGAGGACAUGGGGGGCCACCACCACUCCCUCACAGCAGGCCUGCAGGCAAUCCUGACCAACGGCGUGCCAACAAUGCCGGCUUCCCACCUCCACCAUCCUACACAGAGGAUACAGACAGCUUAGCAUCGUCCAAGAAAAGCAAUCUCCGCAAGAAUGGGGCUGUGAGUCGUGAGAGUCUGGUGGUGUGAAACAUUGUGAUUGCAGUCAACACGUCAGCUUGGUGUGUUUGUUAUAUUUUGCAAGUUUGUGGUUUUUGUUGUCAGUUGCUGAAUGUUCAUUUCUGGAUUAAAUGGGGAAGUACAUGUGUGAAUGCGAUUUAUUUGAGACUGAGACUCAUGACUUAAUGUAAUGUUAUUUAGUAGUUUUAUGAAUUUGUAUGUGAUGGUUGUAUAGCUAUAAUCACUAUUUGUUUUAUUAUGAAUAUGCAUUUUUAAAAAGCUGUUUUUAUGAUAUUGAAUAUUUUCCUUAAAAUAUCCAGGUGACACUAAGACUAGGCAGUAAUUACACUUAACAAGCUUAGCAUCUUAUGGCUCAGAAACUGAAUUGUAAAUGUGUACAAAUUAUAUUUCAAAUGAAUUUACAUCUUUGUAUUUACUGUAAAGAGAUUUCCCAACUGAAGUUAUUUUCAGUAUGGCAGUAAUAAUUUCCCUGUAUUGCUAGUUUUAUGGUUUCCAAAAGAAAAGAUGUUACCUCGCUUCACAAUGUUGUAAGUUUUAAAAAUGUCUUUGUUUUAACCAUGCAUUUUGUUUUUUUUAACGGAAUUAACCAGACAUGUAAAUUGCUUUCAUACACUUGUAAUUUGUUAUGCUGAUAUUUUUAACCAUAAUCAUGAUACAUUUUGUUAAUGGUUUAUAAAUCAUUUUACAAUAAAUCUUUUGUAUAUAAAAACAAUUUGAUGUUACUAUUGAAAGGGAAAUGAGCUUGCUUUAGAUUUUAUUUUUUUUCUACCACUAGGUGGUGUCAAUUUUUCUUUUAAAGCUAUGUCAAGUUUGUGUUGUGUAGCUGAAUGUGACAUGGGCCUACAGUUCUACAGCUAAAAGAACUCUGCACAGAUCUUUAGAUGUAUUAAAUCAUUACAUGCUGU